AUGAAACCUGGUACUGGCUCAGUGGCUCAGAAGGGAAGAGAGCAGCAGCUGGAUGUUUCUCUAGACCAUCAUGCCUGUCCGGCUCUCUUACCACCGUGUAGGCCUGUCCGGGCUCUCUUACCACCGUGUAGGCCUGUCCGGGCUCUCUUACCACCGUGUAGGCCUGUCCGGGCUCUCUUACCACCGUGUAGGCCUGUCCGGGCUCUCUUACCACCGUGUAGGCCUGUCCGGGCUCUCUUACCACCGUGUAGGCCUGUCCGGGCUCUCUUACCACCGUGUAGGCCUGUCCGGGCUCUCUUACCACCGUGUAGGCCUGUCCGGGCUCUCUUACCACCGUGUAGGCCUGUCCGGGCUCUCUUACCACCGUGUAGGCCUGUCCGGGCUCUCUUACCACCGUGUAGGCCUGUCCGGGCUCUCUUACCACCGUGUAGGCCUGUCCGGGCUCUCUUACCACCGUGUAGGCCUGUCCGGGCUCUCUUACCACCGUGUAGGCCUGUCCGGGCUCUCUUACCACCGUGUAGGCCUGUCCGGGCUCUCUUACCACCGUGUAGGCCUGUCCGGGCUCUCUUACCACCGUGUAGGCCUGUCCGGGCUCUCUUACCACCGUGUAGGCCUGUCCGGGCUCUCUUACCACCGUGUAGGCCUGUCCGGGCUCUCUUACCACCGUGUAGGCCUGUCCGGGCUCUCUUACCACCGUGUAGGCCUGUCCGGGCUCUCUUACCACCGUGUAGGCCUGUCCGGGCUCUCUUACCACCGUGUAGGCCUGUCCGGGCUCUCUUACCACCGUGUAGGCCUGUCCGGGCUCUCUUACCACCGUGUAGGCCUGUCCGGGCUCUCUUACCACCGUGUAGGCCUGUCCGGGCUCUCUUACCACCGUGUAGGCCUGUCCGGGCUCUCUUACCACCGUGUCGGCCUGUCCGGGCUCUCUUACCACCGUGUCGGCCUGUCCGGGCUCUCUUACCACCGUGUAGGCCUGUCCGGGCUCUCUUACCACCGUGUCGGCCUGUCCGGGCUCUCUUACCAUCAUGUAGGCCUGUCCGGGAUCUCAACGACUGGCUUCAUAAAGUUUAAAUAACUUUUCUUCUGUCUCUU